CCUCCCACGCCGCGACGCUACUGGCCGAGCUCCGCGCUACCCGGCAGUAGUUGCAGAAGUCGGCCCCGCCCCUUCCUCUUUCUCUCGUACCUGGCGGCCUCCGCGGUGAGCAGCGCAGCCAUGGCCAAGAUUAAGGCUCGGGACCUGCGCGGCAAGAAGAAGGAGGAGCUGCUGAAACAACUGGACGAUCUGAAGGUGGAGCUGUCUCAGCUUCGGGUCGCCAAGGUGACCGGCGGCGCCGCAUCCAAGCUCUCCAAGAUACGAGUCGUCCGCAAAUCCAUUGCCCGCGUCCUCACUGUCAUUAACCAGACUCAAAAAGAAAACCUCAGGAAAUUCUACAAGGGCAAGAAGUACAAGCCUCUGGACCUGCGGCCUAAGAAGACUAGAGCCAUGCGCCGCCGGCUCACCAAGCACGAGGAGAAGCUGAAGACCAAGAAGCAGCAGCGGAAAGAGCGACUGUACCCGCUGCGCAAGUACGCAGUCAAGGCCUGAGGAGGCAGCGACAAUAAAG